AGGAAGUGCAGGCUCGCGAAGCAGAAUCCCAAACAGAUUCCUAACCACUAUAUAGUUUCACUAAAUAUGUUGUGAACGAAUGGUUCAGGCACGUUUUGUAGUGCACUAUACAUCCAGGAUCUUUUUGACAUUUGGACAACUUCAUCUGCCAGGGAUGAGGAAGUGACAUGUGCCUGCUAAUUCAGCAUCUGUUUACGUGAGAAUGGAUAUAAACCUCUUUUUUUUGUGUGUGUGUGUGUGUGUGUGUGUGUGUGUGUGUGUGUGUGUGUGUGUGUGUGUGUAAAUGAUUUCUGAAGAAGCGGAACAGAGACUGGCUUUAACUUAAAGUUUCACAGUGAGAGAAGCUGCUGCCAAGACAGUAGGCCCAUGCUAUCAUGCUGUCACCCGUUAAAGUUAUCGUGGUUGGAGCCGGGAGCCGUGGUGAGACAUACUCUGACUUUGCCUCCAUCCACCCUGAUCGCCUGCAGGUAGUGGGAAUUGCUGACCCAAGACUUUUUGCAAGAAAGAAGCUCCAGGAGUGUCACAACGUGCCCGAAGAAAAUGUAUUUGAUGACUGGCACUGUAUAGCAGAAAGGGAGAAGUUUGCGGAUGCAGUAUUUAUCUGCACUCCCGAUCGCCUUCAUAAGGAGCCUGCGGUAGCUUUGGCAAGGAAGGGUUAUCAUAUACUCUUGGAGAAGCCAAUGGCGGUGACUCUAGAGGAUUGCACAGAGAUUGCUGAGACUUGCAUUCAAACUGGUGUAAUACUAGCAGUGUGCCAUGUUCUCCAAUAUGACCCCUUCAUCAGAAAAAUAAAAGUGCUCAUUGACAGUGGAGCCAUUGGGGAUGUCAUUCAUAUUCAACACUUUGAACCAGUGGGCUUUUAUCACUUCGCUCACUCAUUUGUGAGAGGAAAUUGGAGAAAUGAGGCAGAAAGCUCUUUUGCGCUUUUAGCCAAAUCCUGCCAUGACCUGGACUUGAUUAAUCACUGGGCUGGAAAACGCAGGUGUAUAAAAGUUUCAUCAUUUGGUUCCCUCAACCAUUUCCAAAAAGAAAACAAGCCACCAGGAGCAGCAAGUCGUUGCUUAGAUUGUUCUGUAGAGACAGACUGUGCAUAUUCAGCAAAGAAAAUCUACCUGGAUAGAGUUAAAAAGGGCUGGGUGAGAUGGCCAGUGUCAGUUGUGUGCCGCAAUUCAAUUCCUGAUAUUGAGUCCGUAACCGAGGCCUUGAAAACAGGUCCAUACGGUCGCUGUGUCUAUGAGUGUGACAACGAUGUGUGCUCAAAUCAGGUUGUUAACAUGGAAUUUGAAGGAGGCCUCACUGCUUCUUUUAGCAUGGUGGCAUUUACGGAAGAGAUAUGUCUGCGCAAAACAAGCAUCCAAGGCAGUAAGGGGGAGGUGACUUACGAUGGGCAUGAAAUCAAAGUAUUCGACUUCCUCACUCAGAUAUCCACAAAGCAUACAGUGGAUCUGAGUGUACCGGGCAGCUUCAGCAAAGGCGGUCAUGGUAUUGCAGAUUAUCAUCUUGUUGAUGCCUUCGUUUCAGCUGUGGCGGUCAGUUACUCAGGUCACUUCCACUUAAUUAAUAAUGGAAACCCACUGAUGAUCCAGUCCGGUCCAAAGGAAACCCUGGCGAGUCACAGGCUGGUGUUUGAGGCUGAGCGUUCCCGUCUAGAGAACAGAGUUGUGAUGUGUGCGACUGAGCAUGACUAGAUGAUGAAGCCAGAACUACUGUCUGAGCUGCUGCUGUAGAAAAUUAAUCAACACUUUCUGACCAAUCAGACACAUUUACUGUGCCAGGUUUGGACAAUAUUUAUUUAUUUACUUACUUACUUAUUAUGAUUAUAAUGAUUACUAUAGCAAAGGUAUUUAGACACCUGACCAUGACAGCCAUUCAUUCAUAUGUGCUUGUUGAACAUACUAUUUCAACAUGGAGUUGCCCCAUCUUUGCUGUUAUAAUAACCUCCACUAGUCUGAAAGGCUUUCCACUAGAUUUUGGAGCGUGGCUGUGGGGAUUUGUGCUCAUUCAGCCACAACAGCAUUAGUGAGGUUGGGCAGUGAUGGGCGAGGCGAACUGGCAUGCAGUCAAUGUUCCAGUUCUUCCAAAAGGUGUUCAGUGGGGUUGAGGUCCGACUAGAAUUCUUCCACUCCGACCUUCAUGCUCCUUCAACUUUGUGGUAAACAUCUGGGGAAGGCCCAGUUAUGGGUGUCAUAGACAGGUGUCCAUAUACUUUUGGCCAUAUAGUGUAUGUUAAGCUGUUAGUGGUGAAAAAAUUUGUAUAUAGUUUCUAAAUGUUCUCUAAUUGCUUGCACAUGGAUCCUUUAUCAUUACAACAGCCUCCAACCAGACCAGUUUCAUAUCUUGAACUUUUGUAUCUUCUAAGUUGUAAUACAUACCCCUUGCCUUCAGCUGUUUUUCUCUCUGGCCAUACCUGUGCAGUAAUCCUGAAACUGCAGAUAAAUCAAGCAGCAACACUGUAUCUUUAUUGUAUUUUAUUUUUAUAUCAUGAUUAUACAGAAUAAUGUUCAUUGCCUGACAUAUUACAUUUGAAAUUCAUGAACCCCUUUUUGGUCCAGUAUUCACAAAGUGAUUUUGUGAAGUUUGUUUCUCGCUAAUUGUCUACUGUUAAGUUUUUAAAUCUAACCAAUUAGAAAACAUUAUCCAUUAUCCAAGUUGUAAUUUACUGUAUAUUUUUAGAAAGCUCCACACACAACUGUAUCUACUCACUAGUGUCCAUACUGUGCUCAGCAUCUCACUCUUUUGUACUGCUUCUGACUUUUAUGCUCAGACCCCGUACCCUUAGAGAAAAAAAAAAUCAAUCUUGGAGUAGAUUAAUGUGCUGGCUUUUUCUACACAAUCCGCUGCGGAAGGAACCCUGCUGGCUGCGCAAACCUCAUGCCCUUUCUGUAGCCUGGAACUGUGGGUAAUUGAGUUGCCCAUCCUUCUAUUGCUGUAUCCCAGGCAAACAGCCUUAAUUAUGCCUUUCUUUUCCAAGCCCCCACCUAACUGCCUUUCAUAGUCAUUGCUUGCCAUGAAGUCAUUUGUUUUCAACCCUGAAUCACUUUAAUCCCUGCUACUUCCUCGCCCACUAAUUUAGCUGAAUGACUUUGUUGCAUCCUGGGAAAUUCUAUGUGCCUUAAGGAUAGACUCGCUUGUGUUUCCUUAAUUUAAGUAAAAUGUGUGACUUUAUUUAUUAUCUGUAUAAUCUAAACUGUUACUCAAAGUGGAAGUAUUGUGUUUUAUGUGGUUGUUUAUCCCCUUAAAACAUUAGGAUUUUAUUAAAAUGUAUAUUACCUAUAUGUUCAGUCACUCUAAUUGUGUUUGUAUUAUUUGGGUGUGGGGAAUGUCUGCCCAGUGUAUAAAUAUAAAAUGUGGACAAAAUAGAAAUAAAUUGUUGUUUGCUGCUUUGGAAGACAUCUUUUUUUUUUAGUAAUCCUGAAAUAGCUUUGCAAUUCAUAAUAUAUUAUUUUUCAUAAUAAAUUCACAAUAAAU